CCACGCACAGUCGCAGUCCUAAUCCGAAUGGGAGCUGCUCGGCAGGGCCUGAAGUCGCCCUAAGUGUCACUUGACCCGGAAUCCCGCCAACUUUGCAGCUCCGUCCAACUUGGCUCUUGGGGAAAGGAGGAGGGGACGGGAAAGCUUUCCUGGGGCUCCAUCAAAGAACUUGUGUUUUUCUGAGAACGAUGACCCGUGACCUGGGGCUUGCCCUUCUCCGGCAGAGAAAGGAGGCCCUUAGCUGUGCGCUCCAGUCAUUGUGCCGCAGGACGCCGAGGCCCGCCCACUUAGCGGGAGUGGGCCUGCUGAUAGCCUUUCUUGGCAGCUUGGUAUGGGCCCCAGAUUUGAGCAGGAACAUGGCAGAAGGGGACACCCUGAUAUCAGUGGAUUAUGAAAUUUUCGGGAAGGUGCAAGGGGUAUUUUUCCGCAAGUACACCCAGGCAAUUACUUGCAGCCAGAGAAGGAAACCGCAGCCUGGCAUUCGCACCAGCUUUCUACCUGCCAUGAUUAGGUGCCUGUCAGAUGAAGUACAAGCCAAACUGCGUUCUGGUUUGGCUGUGUGCUCCUUAGGCCAGUGUGUGGAGGAGCUUGCCCUCAACAGUAUUGAUGCUGAAGCAAAAUGUGUGGCUGUGAGGGUGAAUGUGGAAACCUUCCAAGUUCAAGUGAUAGACAAUGGAUUUGGGAUAGGGAGCGAUGACGUGGACAAGGUGGGAAAUCGUUAUUUUACUAGUAAAUGCAACUCUCUACAGGACUUGGAGAACCCAAGGUUUUAUGGUUUUCGAGGGGAGGCCUUGGCCAGUAUAGCGGACAUGGCCAGUGCUGUGGAAAUUUCAUCCAAGAAAAACAGGACAAUGAAAACUUUUGUGAAACUGUUUCAGAAUGGAAAAGCCCUGCAAGCUUGUGAAGCUGACUUGACUAGGCCAAGUGCUGGGACAACAGUAACAGUGUAUAACCUGUUUUAUCAGUUACCUGUAAGGAGGAAAUGCAUGGAUCCUAGACUGGAGUUUGAGAAGGUUAGGCAGAGGAUAGAAGCUCUCUCACUCAUGCACCCUUCCAUUUCUUUCUCUUUGAGAAAUGAUGUUUCUGGUUCCAUGGUUCUUCAGCUCCCUAAAACCAAAGACAUCUGUUCCCGAUUUUGUCAAAUUUAUGGACUAGGGAAGUCCCAAAAAUUAAGAGAAAUAAAUUUUAAAUAUAAGGAGUUUGAGCUUAGUGGCUAUAUCAGCUCUGAGGCCCAUUACAAUAAGAAUAUGCAGUUUUUGUUUGUGAACAGAAGGCUAAUUUUAAGGACGAAGUUGCAUAAACUCAUUGACUUUUUAUUAAGGAAAGAAAGUAUCAUAUGCAAGCCCAAAACUGGCUCUGCCGGUAGGCACAUGAACUCGAGCCCUCGGCAUCGGUCUAACCCAGAACUCUAUGGGAUCUAUGUAAUCAAUGUGCAGUGCCAGUUCUGUGAGUACGAUGUCUGCAUAGAGCCAGCAAAAACUCUGAUUGAGUUUCAGAACUGGGAUACUGUUUUGGUUUGCAUUCAGGAAGGAAUGAAGAAGUUUUUAGAGAAAGAAAAGUUGUUUGUGGAAUUAUCAGGUGAGGACAUUAGGGAAUUUAGUGAAGAUAAUGAUUUUAGUUUACUUAGCGCUACUCUUCAGAAGCAUGUGUCCUCUGAUGAGAAGUGUGACCAGGUAAGUUUCCAAGAAGCAUGCAAUAAUAUUUUGGAUUCCUAUGAAAUGUUUAAUUUACAGUCAAAAGCUGUAAAAAGAAAAGCUGUAGAAAACAUAAACACACAGAAUUCUGGGGAUUCAGAAACUAUCAGAAAAAGGACACAUGAUUCAUUUUUGUAUACGUAUGGAUCAGAUGGCCCAGGUCAUAGUGAAAUGGCAGAGUCAGCUUUACAAAACAAAGAUAGGUCUCGCUCAGAAUCAAGCAUCUUAGAACAAGAGAGACCUGAAGCAUCAGAGUCAGGAGAAAAUGAGAAACAUAAGAAAUCUUGCUUGGAACUUAACUCUUCAGAAAAUCCACGUGGAACCAGUUCAGAAAUGUUCGCAAACCCUUUUCAGACAUUAGAUCACUUUGAAGAAAAUGGAGAAGAUCUAGAAAUACAGAAAGUAGGUACUACUGUUAAUGGCAUGGCUGCCGACAUCCCGACAAAUAAGAGUAUUGAGAAUCAACUAGAGACAUUUAAAGGUGCUACUGAAAUCGAAUGCCAGCCUCUGCAUUUUGAGACAACAUCACUGAGAGUACAUGGCACUCAGUGGGAGGAAGAGAAAAGAAAAAAAGAACCUAGUAACUGUGGAAGAGUAAAUGUUUUUAGUUAUGGGCAAAUUAAAUUAUGUUCCACUGGCUUUAUAACUCAUGUGGUACAGAGUGAGCAAACCAAACCAGCUGAAACAGAACAUGUAUUUAAAAAUCGUGUCCAACCUGGUCCUGUGAGUGCCAGAGAAACAUUUGGAAAUAGAGCACACCAUUCCGUUGAGACUCCAUACAUCAAAGGUUUAACCAGCGCUUUAAGUCAAGAAUUUGCUCAGCUGCCCAACAGAAAAUUGCACAGAACCAAUAUAAGUUAUAGGCUGGAGAACAAACCUGUACCAAAAACUGCAUAUUCUUGGUGUGAUGGUAGUAAAAGAAAAGGUGAGCUAAUUGGCUCCUCCAGACCCACAGCCCCUAAGAAGCUAAGCUUAAAUUCACAACUAGGAUCUUUAGAAAAGUUUAAGAGGCAGUAUGGGAAGGUUAAAAAUCCUCUGAAUGCUGAAGGGGAGGAAAAUAAUAAUUUUGAAAUCACUACCAAUCUCAGUCCCCAAGUCGAACCUGACAUUCCACAGAGAGACAAAAAUCACGUAGACAACUGUGAUUCGUGUGAAGUCACGGCUGUGAGACAUAAUGAUUCAAACGGUAGUCGUCAGCCAGUAAGUCACAUCCUUUAUUCAGAAAACUCGCUGUUCUCCAAGAACGAAGACUGUUGGGAACAACAAAUGCCUUGCUUCAGAGAAAGUUCUGUAACACUAAAGGAUCUACCUCAUUUGAAUGGAAAACCUUUGGAUGUUGAGAAGUCAUCUGAAUCACUAGCCUCUAAAUUAUCCAGAAUGAAAGGUUCUGAAAGAGAAACUCAAACAAUGGAGAUGAGUCAUUUUCUUGAACUUCCACUAUCGGAUUCCAGUAAGAAAGGCAGUGACUUGUACAAUGGGUUAUCCCUGGAUUCUUGUAUGUUAUUUAAAAAUGAACUUAAAAAAACAGAGAGUGUCAUUAUCCCUAUGUCAGACUCUGUCACACAGGAUAAUUCCUUCAAUAAAGAUAAUGAAACAUAUUCUAAUAACAGUACAACAGAGAACUCUGUGGCAUCAGAAACAAAUUUGGUAUUACCCUAUAGUAAUCCCGCAAUUGAUAAUAAAGAUUCGGAUGUUCUUACAGCUUCAGAACGGCAGGUGGGAAGCCCUAACUCUCCCAGUGGAGUGGUAGCGAAUCACAUAGAUGAUUCCACGGCCAACACAAAUGGAACUUGUGUUCAGAGUGAGGAAUCUGUAGUGAGGACCCGUUCUGAGAACGAAGAGUCAAGCGCAUGUUCUUCGGAUUGGCAGCAGCAUUUUGAUGUAGCCCUUGGAAGAAUGGUUUAUAUCAACAAAGUAACUGGACUCAGCACGUUCACCGCUCCUCCUGAGGACGUCCGGGCCGCGUGUACGAAGGACCUGACGACUGUGGCCGUGGACGUGGUCCUUGAGAACGGGUCUCAGUACAGGUGUCAUCCUUUUAGAAGCGACCUCGUUCUUCCUUUCCUUCCCAGAGCUCGGGAAGAGAGCACUGUGAUGAGACAGCGUAACGGAGAUGCUGCGGAGGACACCGUCGGCGGAGAAUCGCUUCAGUCUCUGUUUGCAGAGUGGGACAAUCCGGUGUUUGCCCGUUAUCCAGAGGUGGCCGUGGACGUGCGCAGCGGGCAGGCCGAGAGCCUGGCGGUGAAGGUCCACAACGUCCUGCACCCUUACCGCUUCACCAAAGCCAUGAUUCCCUCCAUGCAGGUGCUCCAGCAAGUGGAUAAAAAGUUUAUUGCCUGUUUGAUGAGCACUAAGACGGAAGAGAAUGGUGAGGCAGGUGGAAACCUGCUGGUCUUGGUGGACCAGCACGCCGCCCAUGAGCGCAUCCGCCUGGAGCAGCUCAUUAUUGAUUCCUAUGAGAAGCAACAGCCACAAGGCUCUGGUCGGAAAAAAUUACUGGCUUCCACCGUGAGUCCUCCACUAGAAAUCACAGUGACGGAGGAGCAAAGGAGACUGUUACGGUGUUACCACAAAAAUCUGGAAGAUCUGGGCCUUGGAAUUCUAUUUCCAGACACUAGUGAUUCUCUGGUCCUUGUAGGAGAAGUACCACUCUGUUUCGUAGAGAGAGAAGCCAAUGAACUUCGAAGAGGAAGAUCCACUGUGACCAAGAGUAUCGUGGAGGAAUUUCUUCGAGAACAAGUGGAGCUACUCCAGACCACAGGAGGCGUCCAGGGGACACUGCCACUGACGGUCCAGAAGGUGUUGGCGUCUCAAGCCUGCCACGGGGCCAUUAAGUUUAAUGACGGCCUGAGCUUGGAGGAGAGCUACCGCCUCAUCGAAGCUCUGUCCCGGUGCCAGCUGCCAUUCCAGUGCGCGCACGGGAGGCCGUCGAUGCUGCCGCUGGCCGACAUGGACCACCUGGAGCAGGAAAAGCAGAUUAAACCCAACCUUGCAAAACUUCGCAAAAUGGCCCAGGCCUGGCGUCUCUUUGGAAAAGCAGAAGGAUGUGAUACAAGGCAAAGCCUGCAUGCAUCCAUGCCUCCUUGUGAGCCACCGUAAGAACAGAAUUCUUGAUCUGUGAAGAACCAAAGAGAGGCUAACCCUGUGCCUCUGAGUAGAGGGCGCAAAGAGCGGGUACCAGCAGCGCCUUGACCGAACCAGCCAGAAGCAUACCAGUCUUCCUUGAGCAGAUGAUCCCUCUGGUUGGGUAGCCACAUGGAACUCAAGCCUAAAGACACUCCAUUCAUUUGCAUCCAGGGACACAGGAGGUUGCCCUUUGAUAUCUACAUUUUGUAACUUAUUUAAGGAUAAAAUUUAAUAAUUAAUUGUCUAAUUGGUUGAUUGGUUUGUGGUUUUCUUGGGGUGGGACGUGGGGUUUUUUUGGUUUGAUUUUGCAAUGUUUUCCAGCCUCAUAAUUUGCAUUAAUGUUUAUCUACCUGAUGCCGAACCCCCAGGAAUCAAACCUGCCUUCCUAGACCACCCAGGGCGCUCCGUUAGCCCCUCCCCACCCUCCAGUCCUCUUCACUUCCCUCUGCCGCCCCUUCACGUUCUGAAUCUCAGACUUAAAGGGUUUCUCUGCACCCAGAAAAAUCCCUCUCUGUAGUCUUCCAUCAGGCCUGCAGUUAGAUUAGUUUAGGGAUAAAAACUGUUGAUAAAGAGAAACAGGACAGGGAUAGAAUAGGGAAAAUUAAAGUCCUUUUCUUCAUGGU